AUGUUCUUGAAAUUCGCUCUACUCCCGUGUCAUAUACAGGUAUCUGUAGCGGUAGUCAUCGGAUCAAUCUCUUCCGCCGAUAAACCCAGUGUUGGGAGUCGAUCCCUAUCUCUCAUCCCUAAAGAUACUUGUGUAUGUCCUUACAACCCGCAAUCUGAAUCUGGAUGGUCGGAAUGGGUCAAAUGCCCAGAUGAACAAAAGAGGAUGUACCUCGCCGAUCGAGACUUGACUGAAUUUACCAAGAGAUUAUGUUAUUGUCAAGAUGAAGAUCCUUAUUGUAACUGCCCGAUCAUCCAUCGACCAUGGACUGACUUUGACAAACGAGAACCGGAAGGUAUCGAUACAGUGUCAGUGCUGCAUGCUCGAAGCUGUCCUCCGGAUCGCCAAGAGGUCUGUCAUAAAGUGAAUGGAGAAGUAGUCUGUACUCCUUGUAUCGAAGAAAGGAUCGUUUGUCCAGUAUCCAAGAGAGCUCAAAGUGAAUCUGCUAUAUGUCUCAGAGGGUUAGACGGAAAUUUCAUUUGUCCACCUUGUCAACCUAGUUGUUGCCCUCGAGAGCUGUCUAGGGCACUUCAUGAUAGCAACAGUGAUGUUUGGUGUCCACCUUGUGAUUAUCCACAAGCAGCCACGAUCACUGAACAAGUGAAAGAUAUCACUCAACCGACAGCCAAGUGA